UUCCGAAAUCCGUUCCUUUUAAAAUGAAAAACUCGCCUUUUUCUCAUCUGCCCUCUCCCCUUCUUCUCUUUCUUCUUACUGGCUUCUCUCUUCUCCGGCGACUUCGAAAGCGAUGGCAGCCUCAACGAGAGAACAAAACGUCUACAUGUCUAAGCUCGCCGAGCAAGCCGAACGGUACGAAGAAAUGGUGGAAUUCAUGGAGAAGGUAGUCAACUCCCUGCCCGACGGCGAGGAACUCUCAGUCGAGGAGCGCAACCUCAUUUCCGUCGCAUACAAGAACGUUGUAGGCUCCCGCCGUGCCUCUUGGCGCAUCAUCUCGUCAAUUGAGCAGAAGGAAGAAGGCCGAGGAGCUUCCGAUCGCGCCGCUGCUGCGCGUGACUAUCGAUUGAGGAUCGAGUCCGAGCUGUCCUCGAUCUGUGCGGGAAUCCUUCGAUUGCUCGAAUCGCGGCUUGUUCCCUCCGCCGUGACUGCUGAAUCCAAGGUAUUUUACUAUAAAAUGAAGGGCGAUUACCACCGAUAUCUCGCGGAGUUUAAAAGUGGUGACGAGAGGAAGGAGGCGGCUGAGAACACGCUCUCGUCUUACAAGGCGGCGCAGGAUAUUGCUGCGGCAGAGUUGCCCCCGACUCAUCCGAUCCGGCUUGGUCUGGCGUUGAAUUUCUCCGUGUUCUACUACGAGAUCCUGAAUUCUCCAGACAGGGCUUGUAAUAUGGCUAAGCAGGCAUUUGACGAAGCUAUCGCAGAGCUCGAUUCCCUUGGAGAGGAAUCCUAUAAGGAUAGCACUCUUAUUAUGCAGCUUCUCCGUGAUAAUCUCACCUUAUGGACUUCUGACAUGCAGGAUGAAGGGGCUGAUGAGAUUAAAGGAGCUUCAAAACCUGAAAAGGAAUAGUAGAAAAAAACUUCUGUCCCUCAAGUCUUGUUUAGUUGCUGGUGUUUUUCUUAUUAGGAAUGGCAGAUUGACCAUCCUAAGGUUUUUUUAGCUGUCUUACUGACCUGUUCAACACUAAAUUGAUAAAUUCUGCUGCCUUUUAUCCAGUUUCUAUUGGCUUAUUUUCUGUCAUCUGUGGAGGCUAUACAUAAAGGUUUUUAUCUGAUUUUCAACUUCUGAA